GACGGAGCUCCAAGCCAACUGCAGUCAUCCUUUCCCGGUACAAGGGUCCUUCACGUUGCGUGUGUGUGAGAGGGAGACAAGAGAUGGCUCAGCACCAAGGAAGGGGACCAGGACAUGCCCUUGCUGCCUCCCUCCCCUCACUCUGAGGUCUUAGAGCGCCGGCACAGACACAGGGAGCUGUGGGAAAGAGGGGAAAAAGCGCAUUGACACGCAUCUUGGAUGUGAGCCCUGGGCCAGCGGAGACUGAUGUAGCCCGGAGGACACACGGGCUGUAGCUCUGUGGGGCAGGCUGAACCGGCGGGCGAUGUGAAACUGGCGAGGGCACUGUCAGCGGCCCCCGCUCCAGCACCGCCGGCUGCUUGGCCAUUCCAGCCCGCAGCCCGCAGACUCCAAUAUCAGGAAGAUGGAAAGAGUCCCGGUGUGAGUACGGGGCGCCUGUGUCACACAGCCCCUGAGACUGCCCGGUUUGGAUCCGCUGCUGGGUAUACACGCCGUUUUACCGCCCGCUAGCGAGCUGGGACCGGGGUUACCUGUUGUCUCCCCUCACCUCCACCCUCCAAGGUCCCCGAUGGCUUCCCUCCGCAGGGUGAAAGGACUGCUGAUUCUCAACCUGGUGGCUGUGGUGGGCUUCCUGCUAUUCCUGGCCCGGUGCAGGGUCCCUCUGAAGGGCCGGGAGUUGGUCCAUGCGGCGCAGGGAAGAGGCGAAUCUUCCAACCUGACAGCCCGGGGCUCGCCUCCCGGCCAACAGGCGGUGCUGAAAAGGCUCUCUCUCCUGGAGGACAUCGUCUACCGCCAGUUGAAUGGCUUAUCAAAAUCUCUUGGACUCAUUGAAGGCUUUGGAGGACGCGGACAGGGAGGAUUGCCAGCUACACUCACUAAUGAAGAAGAAAGAGAAGCUGCAGGAGCCUAUGAAAAGUACGGAUACAAUACGUAUCUGAGUAACAAGAUUUCACUGGAUCGAUCUAUCCCAGACUAUCGACCAACUAGAUGCAAAGAAUUGAGCUACCCCAAGAACCUUCCACAGAUUUCCCUCAUUUUUAUCUUUGUGAAUGAAGCUUUGUCUGUUAUCCUUCGCUCUGUGCACAGUGCAGUGAAUCACACGCCAGCCCAUCUACUCAAAGAGAUUAUCCUUGUGGAUGACAACAGUGAUGAUGAAGAACUAAAGGCCCCAUUGGAAGAAUAUGUUCACAAACGCUACCCUGGGCUGGUGAAGGUAGUACGGAAUGAAAAGCGUGAAGGCCUGAUCCGAGCCCGAGUGCAGGGAUGGAAAGCUGCGACAGCAUUGAUCACAGGAUUCUUUGAUGCUCAUGUGGAGUUUAGUGCAGGAUGGGUUGAACCAGUGCUGGCCAGAAUUAAAGAUGACAGGAAGCGAAUUAUCCUUCCUUCUAUCGACAACAUCAAGCACAAAACAUUUGAGGUUCAGCGUUAUGAGAACUGUGCCCAUGGUUACACCUGGGAGCUCUGGUGUAUGUACAUUAGCCCUCCUAAAGAAUGGUGGGAUACAGCAGACCCUACAUUGCCUAUCAGGACACCCGCCAUGAUUGGAUGUUCAUUUGUGGUGAAUAGAUUGUUCUUUGGUGAGAUUGGCCUUUUGGACUCUGGAAUGGACGUUUAUGGUGGAGAAAACAUAGAACUGGGGAUUAAGGUCUGGCUAUGUGGUGGAAGUAUGGAAGUGCUACCAUGUUCUAGGGUGGCUCACAUAGAACGCAUGAAGAAACCAUACAACAAUGAUAUUGGAUUCUACACAAAGAGGAAUUCACUCCGAGUGGCUGAAGUAUGGAUGGAUGAUUACAAGUCCCAUGUUUAUAUUGCAUGGAAUAUCCCCAUGGAUAAUCCAGGGAUCGAUAUUGGUGACAUUUCGGAAAGAGUAGCAUUGAGAAAGAACCUUAAAUGUAAGAAUUUCCAGUGGUAUCUGGACAAUGUAUACCCAGAGAUGAGAAGAUACAACAACACAGUGGCCUAUGGAGAGGUGCAUAACAAUAAGGCAAAAGACUUUUGCCUAGAUCAAGGUCCACCAGAAAACCACACAGCCAUUAUAUAUCCAUGUCAUGGGAUGUCCCCUCAGCUGGUGAGGUACACUACGGAUAGAUAUCUGUACCUUGGGUCUCUGGGAUCAACUGUCCUACUGCCAGACACACGUUGCCUAGUGGACAACAAGAAAAGUCGAUUUCCUCAGCUCCUUGACUGCGAAAAAGUGAAAAACGUUUACCAGAAGUCCUGGCGUUUUGUACAGAAUGGAUCAAUCCUUAAUCUGGAAACUGGCCGUUGUUUGGAGGUGGAGAAUAGCAAAAAAACUGACUUUGGAAUGGAGUUGGUUUUACAACAAUGUUCAGGACAAAAAUGGACAAUUAAAAAUGUCUUAAAGCAAGCGAUCUAGCCAUUGACUGGGAUGAUUCAAAGGAAGCUGGAAUUCUUUGUACUGCAAUAGCCUAGAAACUUUAAAACACUGUUAUAGAUUUUGACAAGUUUCAAGUCUCCAAGAUCAUUCGGGUGAUUGACACAAAUCCAUACUGGAUUAUGUCUUCAGGCCAGGAUUUAAUUUUAUUUUUAUUUUUAUUUUGGGAUUUAAGAAAACAAAUACCAUUUUAUUGAAUGUUCUAAUGUUAUCAAAUGAAAAGAAGUCUGUUGAAAAAUAUCUGUGCAAUAAAUUAAAAUAUUAUCUGUG